CUAAAAAUUUGAUCACUCUCUCACAGCCGCAAACAAUCAACAACUAACAUGGGGACGUUAGAAAGAUUUAUGCACAGAAGCCUCUUCCAAAUCCACAUCUCUUUUCAAUCUCCAAUUCGUUUCGGCCCAUUCAACUCAACCACGCAAAGGAGAUGGAAGAAACCAGUAGUCACCGCACAGGUCCGCUUAGAAGACCGAACCAGAGACCCCAAGCUCGACCAGCUCAGGUUUCGUCUCAACCAAAUGGCACUCGUCCUCAAACUCCACCAAUUUAUGUCCACUCGAAAACGAGGCCCUUUCGUCUCCGUACAAAUUAUGUCUCGAUGGACCAACAUCGUCGGCAUCAACAUCGGCAUCGGUGCUUUCCUCCGGAAAUUCCCCCAUGUGUUCGACGUAUUUACGCACCCAAUAAGGAGGAAUAUAUGCUGUAAAUUUACUCGAGAAGUGAACGAUUUGAUAAAUGAAGAAAAAAGUGUUAUUGGGAAAUUGGAAUUAGAAAAUGUUAAGCGAGUGAAGAAGCUUUUGAUGAUGUCUAUAAAUGGGUCACUUCACAUUCAUGCUUUGAGGCUGAUUAGGAGAGAAUUGGGUUUGCCAGAGGAUUUUCGGGAUUCGAUACUUCAGAAGUAUUCGGAUGACUUUAAGUUAGUUGAUUUAGAGGUUGUGGCUUUGGUUGAUAGAGAUGAGGAUCUGGGUGUGGCGGAGGUGGAGAAGUGGAGAGAGAAGGAGUACAGAGAGAAAUGGUUGAGUGAGUUUGAAACCAAGUUCGCAUUUCCUAUUAAUUUCCCUACUGGGUUUAAGAUUGAAGCGGGUUUUAGAGAGAGAUUGAAGAAUUGGCAAAGGCUUUCUUAUACAAAGCCUUAUGAGAAGAAGGAGGUUGUUCGGGUGCGCACUUGCGGAGGGAUUGAGAGGUUUGAGAAGCGAGCUGUGGGGAUUCUUCACGAGCUCUUGAGCUUGACGGUGGAGAAAAUGGUUGAGAUUGCACGGUUAGCACACUUCCGGAAGGAUUUUGGUAUUGAAAUUAAUGUGCUUGAGCUUAUUUUGAGGCAUCCGGGAAUAUUUUAUAUAUCUACCAAAGGAAAAAGCCAAACAGUUUUUCUAAGAGAAUCCUAUAGUAAAGGGUGUUUGAUCGAGCCAAACCCAAUUCAUAAUGUUCGAAGGAAAAUGUUGGACCUUCUAUUAUUGGGACGUAGAAAUACUAAAACGAUGAGAACAAAUAAGGAAUUCAAGGAAAUUGAGGGGGUGAUUAGUAAUGAGGUAGCGUGCAAUGAGAAUGAAGGUGGAACAAGGGAUGGUGAAUGGGUUAUUCCAUUUUUAGAGUUUUCUGAUGAUCAAAAUCACAAGGAUGAUCUGAUGGAGCUUAAUGAGAAUGAAAGCAGAUCAAGUGGGGGUGUUGAGUAAUAAUUUGCAUUUGCCAUAGGCUUAUAUUGAUUAAAAUGUGAUAAUCUUCUCUGCAACAGUGCAUUAGAUUGUUGCUUGCUACUUCUGUGGACAUCUACAAGGUUGCUUACAAGUUACAAGUUACAACAAUUGGCUGCUAAAGCUUAUACUGACCAGGAGGCUGGCAAGAGAUGGAAUGGAAUGAAUUUUGGUCUUUGCUAAUUUGAUUUCAAUCCUUUUUUGUUCUCAACGGUAUCAAGAAACAAUAUUUUUCCAUUAUCAAUUUGUCUAACUUGUUAUACAUAGAUUGCUAUGACAACUUUUUAGCUUAUCCACUACUUUACUUUACAUUUCAUUUCUUCUUCUUCUUCUUAUUAUUAUUAUUAUUUUUUUGUGUGUGUGUGUAAAUCUUAAUGAUAUCCUUUUCAUGAAUAGAACUCACAUCUUUUUGUGUAACCAAUGAAUCUAGUUGUUGCAUAUUCAAAUAUGGGUUCAUCAUAAGUCAAAAAAUUAGUGACUAUGUUUUUCCAAACUCUGAAGAUCCUUUUUUGAUAUAAGAAUGGGAUUAAUGAUAAUGUAUUAUUUUCAAUAGGAAUUUGAUGUAAUUAGAGUUACUUUUUCAUUAUUUUGGUAAUGUUGUAAUUUUAAUGAUAUUUGAGUACUUUUUAUUUUAGAGUUUCUCAGGGUUUGUUUAUACUUUGCCUGUAUAAAGGCUAUUAUAUAAUCAAUGGAAUGCUAUCGUGAUUUCAGAAUCAACCCUUGAGUCGUGCUGUCUAUAUUUUCAGUUUGUCCCUUCAUUUGUCUUCUCUUCUCCUUCUUCUAGCCUGGUCUCAUCUUCUGUCUUCUCAUCCCUUCUUUCUGAUUUUACAUUUAUUGGAAUCAAAUUAACCUGGUUUUACAUCAAGCGAUGAUAUUAGAACAUAUUGGUCGUACAUCAACACCUAAGCUAAAUCAAACGAUGGGAUUACCUAAUACUGAUAAAGAACAUGAAUUGUAACACGAUGAUUGUUAUUAAAUCAAUUUAACUGGAUAUCUUUUUAAACUUACUCAACUUAACUAAGCCUUUUAUCCCAACUACUUGGUGUCGGCUUCCGGCAACUCGCAUCUCUGCCACACUCACUUCAUCAUGUGUGAUGUGGUUUGUAGACUUUUGACAAUCCUAGGUUUACUUGCACUUUCAUAUUUUCUUUCCCUUUUUUUUCUCUUUUUAACUCCUGACCUUGUCUUUUCAGCUCGAAAUCCAUAUAGUAACCAGGUUAAAUCCGUAUUAUAUUUAUUGCUCAUUAUUGAAUGGAAUUGAGACAAGCAAUUUCACAUUACUUGUGUGGCAUAGACAACUGCUAUUGUAUUCAGAUGCCUUCAAUGCAAAUCAGAAAGCUUUUCAACAGAUUAUUAUGGUUUUCUGAUAUUUGUCAUCUAAAUAUGUGUUUAAGGACAUUUGAUAGCUAAAUGAAGAUUCUACUUCAGAAUAUGUUAUUUUAUUAUCAUUGUUUCUGUAUGAAUACGCCAUUGAUUUCUUUCUGACCUCUAAGGUUGUACUGUCAGAUGUACGGGUAUUAGUUGGCUUAUCUAGUAGAAGUUGAUGUGAAUUGCUCAUAGAUCGUGAGGCCACUGUUGUUACUCCUGUGAUAUUUGCUCAGGUUGGUGUAAAUUGCUUCUUUAUGUUCUCUUUCUUCUGAAAGUUAGACCAUCUCUUUCUCCUGACCGCGAAUUAUUGUUGGGCUUAAAAUAUUGUCAAAUAAAUGGACUACUAAGUUCCUUUUUUAGGUUGUGUUGUCAAAUAAGCAAAAAUUCUAUAAAAGUAAUUAUUUUGGAGUUUCAAAAGGUUGCUAAUCAAGAAAGUGAAUGAGCCAGAUGUUUGCUGCAACAAAAGCCAAUGGACGGUUCUUGCAGUUAACAAAUGUAUUGCAGUCAUCUAUUGGCUUGGAAUAUGCACGAAAGAGUUGAUUCUUUGCAUUUUCUAGCCACCACAGCGAGGUUGAUGCUUCAAGAAGGAUUCCUUAUUGAAAUGCAAUUGCACAAAAGUACUCAAACAACUUGCUCGAGGAAGUGGACCUUUUGUGCUAGAACUAUAAUUCAAGUGUUGAAAGUAUAGUGGCAAGACAUUUUCUAACUUGCUGGAUGAAUCUUGUGGGUUCCUGACGAGGACAAUAUCAUCCCGUUAGUUCAUUGACUUGUCUACAGUUUUUCUAUUGAAGCAAACAAGCUGUGCCCAAGGUCGUUCCCUUUUGUACUAGCUGCUGGAAGCAAUCAUAGGUCACCGUCCAAUGCUGUGAUGUACUCAAAAUUUCUUGCCCGCAUUCUGGAAUGACCCCUUUUGCACUCUUCCCAGAUACUGUAUUUUUCAUUUGCACACUAAGGUGCAAUGUGCUCAUAAUUAUGAAAUUAUCUGAAAAAGGUCCGGUUACAGUCACGCUGGUUGCAGGCAAGUGCAGGGUGAUAGACUUUUUCACUGGCUAAGAACCAUGGCGCCUUAAUGGAGUGUUGGAGUUGUUAAAUGUUAGUUGUGGCAACUGAUUUGCUCUCGUGCUGCUUGGAAAUCUCUUAGACGCUGUUGGAUGAUGAUAAAAGGCUUUAGAAACUUGUCUUAGCUUCUUAAUUUUUGCUGUCAAGUAUGGAAUGAAAACUACGCUCGACUUUGGGUGUACUUUCUAAAACUUUUUUCAUUGGACCCUCGAAUAUGUAAGCAUGUAGUUCUUAUGGUUGUCUGGCGAUCUAGUUAAGUGCAAAUAUAGCAAUGACUGAUUUUAUAUGAUGGAAUGUGUCGCUUGCAGAAAUUCAAUUCAACAUGAGUUUGAAGCAUAUACAAAUAAUUUCGGAAUCCCUCGAAUUUAUAUAU